AUGUCAUUGGCAACUCCCAGUUCCAGCGAUGUGGGAUUAAGCUCUUCCACACAGGGCGCAUAUGCAAACGAGUCCGAAGACGACGAUCCGGUCUCGAACUAUAGCCGAGAUGAAGCCAUUUUCGCCGAAGAUCCUUUUUCGCAAAAUGAUUCCGAACCAAUAUCCUUCAAGCGCAAGCAAAAACAGCCUUCUCGCUUCAGCCUAUCAAACGUCUUUUCCGGCAUCGGCAGCAGUACGUCGCAAAUCCCUGCAGCCUCGCGAAACCAAGAUGCAAACCUUACCGACUGGCCGAACGUUGCAGACAAUUCGAGACCUGUAGCCGCCAACAGCGAUGUCGGCGAUUUCAAAGAAGACGGUCCUCUGGAUUGGUAUGUUGAAGGGCCAGGCCGGAGAUUAGCCUACGACGACUUGACCGCAAUCGAUUGGGUUUUUGAAUAUACCAAAGAACGUCAAAGGAAACGGCUUUUAUUUUCGACAGGGCAAGGUGUAUUAGGUCAUUUGCGUCAAAUAUUGGAUGGGAGUUAUGUUUGGGUAGUAUUGGUCGCCUCAGGAAUUGCAGUCGGUCUACUUGCGGCGGGUAUAGAUAUUGCAAGCAAUUGGUUGAGUGAUAUAAAGACUGGUUACUGCAAAGGAGAAGAAGGCUUUAGCCAAUUCUACCUUAAUCGUGGAUUUUGUUGUUGGGGACAUGAAGACUUUUCAGAAUGUUCUGGUUGGAUACCAUGGAGAAAGGCCUUUAUGGUAGCCUCUGCUGGCGGAGGUUACGUGUUGGAGUAUAUACUUUUUAUAAUGUUUGCUGUCCUUUUUGCAACUUGUGCCUGUAUAUUAGUACGAAGCUAUGCCCCAUAUGCCAAACAUAGUGGAAUUCCUGAGAUCAAAACAGUCUUGGGAGGCUUUGUCAUGAAGCGCUUCAUGGGUGGCUGGACCUUGGUUAUCAAAUCGCUAGGGCUGUGCCUUGUUGUCGCUUCUGGCAUGUGGGUAGGCAAAGAAGGUCCUCUUGUCCAUGUCGCAUGCUGUUGUGCGAACAUUCUAAUGAAGCCGUUUGAUACUUUGAAUAAUAAUGAAGCUCGAAAACGAGAGGUUCUGUCCGCUGCUGCUGCUGCGGGCAUUUCUGUUGCUUUCGGCGCACCAAUUGGUGGUGUACUUUUCAGUCUGGAGCAACUCUCGUACUAUUUCCCUGAUAAAACAAUGUGGCAGAGCUUUGUAUGUGCAUCUGUUGCAGCCGUUACAUUGCAAGCAUUAAACCCUUUUCAUACCGGCAAAAUCGUGCUUUACCAAGUCACUUAUACCAGGGAAUGGCAUCGCUUUGAAAUGAUACCUUUCAUGAUCCUCGGCAUUUUCGGUGGCUUGUAUGGAGGUCUCUUCAUAAAACUUAACAUGAAGGUAGCCAGAUGGCGCAAGUCUAGAGGCUGGGCUUUCCCGCUCCUCGAAAUAGCCGUGGUUGCAGUCAUUACUGCGCUGGUGAACUUUCCUAACAAAUUCAUGAGAGCACAGUCUUCAGAGCUUGUCUAUCAGCUUUUUGCCGAAUGCGCAACCACAACGGACGAUCAGCUCGAUCUGUGCAAGACCGGUGCAGCGUCCUUUGGUGUUAUCGCACUUUUGCUUAUGGCAGCGAUGGCUGGUUUUUGUCUAGCAUCUGUAAGCUUCGGUUUAGAGAUACCUGCAGGUAUUAUUCUUCCUUCUCUGGCAAUUGGCGCUUUGUUUGGUCGCGCACUUGGCAUUGCUGUUGAGAUGUGGCAAGCUGCAUUUCCGACUUUUGUUCUGUUUCAAAGUUGCGAACCAGACAUACCCUGCAUAACCCCAGCAACAUAUGCUAUCAUAGGGGCAGCAUCAGCCCUUGGAGGGGCCACCAGAAUGACUGUCUCGAUUGUUGUGAUCAUGUUCGAGCUGACCGGAGCUUUGACCUACGUAAUUCCAAUUAUGAUUGCAGUUAUGCUCUCCAAAUGGUGUGGUGAUAUCUUUGGCAAACGCGGCAUCUACGAGUCCUGGAUUCACUUUAACGAGUAUCCAUUCCUGGAUCAUAAAGAUGAUAGACCUCCACCAGAUAUGCCCGUAUCAAGAAUGAUGACAAAUAUCGACGACCUCACCAUAAUUCCUGCAGUUGGCCACACUAUUGAAUCAUUGAAAAGUCUACUUGCUCAGACGCGUUAUCGCGGGUUUCCAGUUGUCUUAGAUACAUCGAAUCCGAUUUUACUCGGCUUCAUUACUCGAAAGGAACUAUCAUAUGCACUGGAAUCAUCUCUAUCAUCUUCGAACCGCAAUCUAGGUCCAGAAACGCAAACGUAUUUCGUCCAUCAACCAUUCGCCGACCCCAGCGAUACUCUUGACCUGCGACCCUGGAUGGACCAAACCCCUAUAACACUCAAUAGUCACAUCAACUUUUCAAUCGUCCUAGGCAUGUUCCAGCGCCUAGGCUUGCGAUAUGUCCUAUUUGUCCACAAGGGUCAUCUAAGAGGUCUGCUCACCAAGAAGGAUGUCUGGUUCAUUCUCAAUGGAAUGGAAAACAGACGCGAAAAGGACUUUGAAGAUGCUCCGCCUCGAGAAGCGAAUAGGUCGGAAGCGGUUGGAUUACUAGGUCAUGAGAUAUCACAAGGGGAUACCGAGGAUAUUGGCCUCAUGGAGGGUCGAAAUUCUUUAUGA